AUGUUGAAGCUUGGGAGCUGCUCUUAUGGCGUCCGAAGCAUCUACUUGCGCCUUCCAUUGUUGUACUCAACAUCAACUUCUCUAACCAACCAAGGUAACCCUCCUUCUUCUUCUUCUUCAUUCUCUACCUCAUUAGCUAAUUUCUUAGUUGAUAAUCUGGGUAUCUCCAAUCAACGAUCUCUCUCCCUUUCCGCUAAGUUCACUAAAUUAUGGAAAGUGGGAGAUACUACUGAAUUCCAUUUCUUUGAAAAUGCUGAUUCUGUUGUUCAAUUUUUCAAACAACUUGGGUUUCAGCAAUCUCAUAUUCAGAAAAUCAUUAUUUAUGAUCCACGGUUUUUAGUUUCUAGGGUUCACAAAACCCUAAAACCCAAAAUUCAGCUCUUUAAUGAUCUGGGUAUGUCUGAGUCUGAUGUUGUUCAAACAGUUAGUAGAAAUCCUAAGAUAUUGCAGCAACGUUUGGGUCCAACAAUUCAUGCUCUUAAGACUGUUUUGGGUAGUGAUGAGAAUGUUGUCACAUUUCUCAAGCGAUCAGGUUGGUUCAACUUUCAUGGCGUUGCUAAUUAUUUGAUUCCCAAUGUUGAGCUAUUGCAAAAGUAUUGUGGCAUUUCUAGGGACACAAUCCAGAAACACAUUUUUCGGCAGCCUAAUAUUUUUACAGUGAAAACUGAUGUGCUUCGAGAUAUCUUAAUUAAGGUUGAACUACAGUUAGGGAUUCCUCGAGAUUCUUCGAUGUUCUUGUAUGGUUUGUUCUGCCAUUUGAGGAAGUCCAUGAUGUUUAUGCUCAAUUGUUUUACUCAACUUCAACUUCUUCUUCUUCUUCUUCUUCGGCGGCCUAAUAUUUUUACAGUGAAAACUGAUGUGCUUCGAGAUACUUUAAUUAAGGUUGAACUAAAACUAGGGAUUCCUCGAGACUUUCCAAUGUUCUUGUAUGGCGUCAAUAUUCUGCUUUUCUAUGGUGAGAAGAAUAUCAAGGAUAAAUGCAAAGUAUUUAUGAGUUUUGGAUGGACUCAAUCUGAUGUUAUGAAAUUGAUCCGGCAAAAUCCUAUGUGUUUCACUAGUUCAAAGGCCAGAAUCAAGGAAAGACUAGGCUUUCUGAUGAACCAAAUGAGUUACAAGCCUUAUUAUUUAGCAACGCAGACUAAAUUAUUCAUAUGUAGCUUGGAGAAGAGAUUAUUGCCAAGACAUCGAGUCUUACAGAUUUUGAAGGAGAAAGGGCUUUUAAGGAUGGAUUAUCAUCUUUCUUCUACUAUUUCCUUGACUGAGUCUGUGUUCUUGAAAAGGUUUGUUCUUCCAUUUGAGGAAGUCCAUCAAGUUUAUGCUCAACUGACAGGUUCUACAGUGGAGUCACUCAAUGUAGGAAGAUGCAAAAGCCAAUCUUAA